AUGACUUUCACCGAUGCUCCUGGCGUUGCAGCUAUCGAUCCAGUCACGCGGGCCAAAUACAUCGAAGAACGCAACAAGCGGCUGCGAUCUGAAGGUGCAGCACAAUUCAUAAAGGUUUCCGAGACCGCUCGAUUUUCUCAUUUGGCAAAUGACCCAUGGGUCGAUCAUGAGCGUCUCAAUGCCCUUCCGUCCCCGUUGCCGUCCGGGGCGUCUGUCAAAUUCCUUAUCCUUGGAGCUGGCUACGGUGGCUUGUUGCUGGCUGUACGCUUGAUUCAAGCAGGAUUCUCUGCCGACAAUAUUCGCCUCGUAGACCAUGCCGGCGGAUUCGGUGGUACGUGGUACUGGAAUCGUUAUCCCGGGCUCAUGUGUGACAUCGAAAGCUACGUUUAUAUGCCAUUGCUGGAGGAGACGGGCUACAUGCCGCGACAGAAAUACUCUCAUGGGUCGGAGUUAAGAGAACAGGCAGAAAGGAUUGCGGAGAAGUGGCAUCUGCAAGACAAGUGUCUAUUCCGCGCAAAGAUUCAGAGUGCGGCUUGGAGCGACGCUGAGAAAAGAUGGACAGUCCGUAUGACAGAGAACAGGGGACCCAUGGGAAAGGAAAAUGCUAGGGAUGUCGUCGCGAAGGCACAGUACCUUUUGUCAGCCUCGGGGGCGUUGAACGAUCCGCACAUGCCGAACGUGCCAGGACUGAACGAUUUCAACAACAAGCUUUUCCACGCAGCACGAUGGGACUACAACGUCACUGGAGGCGCACCUAAUAACUGGACGCUCGACAAGUUGAAGAACAAGCGGGUUGGCAUCAUCGGAACAGGAGCGACCGCCGUUCAGGUUGUACCGCAGCUGGCUAAGUGGGCAAAGGAGCUCUACGUUUUCCAACGUACUCCCUCGAAUGUUGACGUCCGCGGUCAAAAGGAUACGGAUCCGCUCGAAUGGGAAAAUAUGACUGCCAAGAAGGGAUGGCAGAAGGAACGGUCAGAGAAUUUGAUCUCAUACCAGAUGAACACACCCAAUGGAGACAAUCUAGUAAAUGACUCUUGGACACGCAUGCCAGCUUAUGCUGCAGCCUUCGGCUCGCCAGGUAUCGUCGCCCUGGACAAGAUGCCUGAACAUGUGUCGCGCAUGCAUGAGUGGGAUGUGGAACGUUCGGAGAGGGUUCGUGCGCGCGUAGACGAGGUUGUCAAGGACAAGGUCACAGCUGAGAAACUCAAAGCCUGGUACCCUGUCUGGUGCAAGACUCCCACAUUCCACGACGACUACUUACCCGCUUUCAACCAGCCCAACGUUCAGCUUAUCGAUACCAACGGUAAAGGAAUCGACAGACUUACUGGGAAUGCCGUCGUGAGUGGUGGCACCGAGUACCCCGUGGAUGUGCUGGUACUGGGCACGGGCUUCGCUUCGCCUGUGGCCGGGAGUGGCAGUCCAGCCUACCGAGCCGGCAUGAAGAUCUUCGGACGCAACCACUUGUCUAUUGAUGAUAAGUGGACUCAGAAAGGUGCUUCGACACUUCAUGGCGUCGCAACGCACGAUUUCCCCAACCUGUUCUUCCUUGGAGCUUCGCAAGGUGGACUCACGGUGAACAUCCGAUAUGUUCUUGACACGCAAGCUUCGCAUAUUGCCAACAUCUUGUCCAAGGCAGAACGAGAAGAGGGUAACGGCGUUGGUGACAAAACCACACUUGAGGUAACAACAGAAGCCGAAGAAGCUUGGUCAGCUGAGAUCUUGGUAAGGGCCGGGUGGUACGUCGGUGUACUUGGAUGCACUCCCGGCUUUCUCAACAACGAGGGCGAGAAUGAUAAGCGGACCGAGACUGCAGAUCAGAUCAAGGCUGCUCGAGGUGCUCCCUGGGGCGAAGGUAUGCUAAGUUACUGUAAACAGCUAAAGGACUACACAGAACAAGGUUGUCUGAGGGGACUAGAAGUUACUAUAUAG